AUGGAUGAACUACUACCAGAUCCAACUGUCUACCAAAGACUAAUGCGCAAGCGGCUAUAUUUGACUAUGACAAGGCCUGACUUGGCAUUCAGUGUGCAGAUGCUAAGUCAGUUUCUCCAGCAACGAAAGAGAUCACACAUGGAGGUAGUAAUGAGAGUUGUUAAAUAUGUCAAGAACCAUCUUGAGCAGGGCAUAUUGAUGUCCAGCAAAGCCAUAGGCACAUUGGAGGCAUUCUGUGAUGCAGAUUGGGAUGCAUGCCAACACUCUAGAAGAUCUGUAACAGGUUUCUUGAUCAAACUAGGUGGCUCGUUGGUGUCUUGGAAGUUUAAGAAGCAGACAACAGUAUCAAGAAGUUUUGGCAGCCACAACUGCUGA